CCGGUCCGGCCCGGCCGCCUCUGCUCCUCCCGCUGCCCAGCUGCCCAGAGCCGGCCGGGAGCGCCGGGCCAGACGCCGGGCCGGAGAAAUCCUUGGCAUUUUUAACAUUUUUCCCUCUCGGUGGAGCACAACUUCCGGGCGUGUCAACCCUUCAGUGAGAAAGAAAGAGAGAGAGAGAGAAUCCCUAAAUUAUGGAUACAUCUACCCCAAUAAAUAACACCAGGCGACUUGUUACCGAGGGGAAAAGGAAGAAAAUCCCAUCGAAGCGGCGGAGUUGGAGACAGUGUCCCGUUGUGUUGGGGGGGUGGGAGAGAACCGUCGUUAACGGCCCCGGACCCCGCCGACUUGUUGCAAAUCCCAGCGCCUUCCCCCUCUCUCUCUCUGAAUUUUCUCCUUGGUGGGCUCCAGGCCUAGGGCUUGGGGAAAUCCGGUAUCGCCAUAGAUUCCAACAACUGGAGCGGCAGCGAGAGCCCUGCCGAGGACCUGGACAGGAUGACCGACUCGGCGGACAAGCCGAUGGACAAUGACGCUGAAGGGGUGUGGAGCCCGGACAUCGAGCAGAGCUUCCAGGAGGCACUGGCCAUCUACCCGCCCUGCGGGAGAAGGAAGAUCAUCCUGUCGGACGAAGGCAAAAUGUACGGUCGCAAUGAGUUGAUAGCCAGGUACAUCAAGUUAAGAACAGGGAAGACACGAACCAGGAAGCAGGUGUCUAGUCAUAUACAGGUGUUAGCAAGAAAGAAAGUUCGGGAGAUUCAAGCCGCCAUCAAGGUGUCUAGUCACAUUCAGGUUCUUGCCCGAAGGAAAUCCCGUGAGAUUCAUUCCAAGCUGAAGGUAACAAACAUGGAUCAGGCAGUGAAGGACAAAGCUCUCCAGAGCAUGGCGGCAAUGUCUUCAGCACAGAUAGUGUCGGCCACGACCAUUCAACACAAGCUGGGGUUGCCAGGAAUCCCUCGACCUUCCUUCCAAGCAGCACCCGGAUUCUGGCAAAGUGUAAUGCCCACAGGACAGCCAGGAUCAUCACAAGAUGUGAAGCCCUUUGCCCAGCAGGCUUAUGCAGCCCAACCAGCAGUUGCAACACCUAUUUCAGGUUACGAGUCUGCAGCUGCCCCAACCCCCUCAGUUCCUGCAUGGCAAGGCCGAUCCAUUGGCACAUCGAAACUUAGGCUUGUGGAAUUCUCGGCCUUCCUGGAACAGCAGAGAGACCCCAAUUCGUAUAACAAGCACCUCUUUGUACAUAUUGGACAGACCAACCAUUCCUACAGUGACCCUUUGCUCGAAUCUGUGGACAUUCGCCAAAUCUAUGAUAAGUUCCCAGAGAAAAAAGGUGGCCUUAAGGAACUGUAUGGAAAAGGACCCCAUAAUGCCUUUUUCCUGGUGAAAUUCUGGGCUGACCUGAAUUGCAAUAUUCAAGAUGAUGCUGGAGCGUUCUAUGGUGUCACAAGUCAGUACGAGAGCUCAGAAAACAUGACAAUCACUUGCUCAACGAAAGUUUGCUCAUUUGGGAAACAAGUGGUGGAGAAAGUGGAGACUGAGUAUGCACGGUUUGAGAAUGGACGUUUUGUAUACAGAAUAAACCGCUCCCCGAUGUGUGAAUACAUGAUCAACUUCAUUCACAAGCUCAAACACUUGCCGGAAAAGUACAUGAUGAACAGCGUAUUGGAGAAUUUCACUAUUUUAUUGGUGGUAACAAACAGGGACACACAGGAGACGCUUCUGUGCAUGGCUUGUGUGUUUGAAGUUUCGACCAGUGAACAUGGAGCGCAACAUCACACCUACAGGCUCAUGAAGGAAUAACCAUGGAAACUUCAUUCCCUCUCUGGAGAACGAAAAACACAGCUGUAAUUGAAUAGACUAAAAACCUCAAACAUGUGGCAGUGCCUCAAAUCAAUUGAUACACCAUAACCCGUCUGAAUUUCUGAUGUAGGUAGCCUUUUCGUGUGUGUGUGUGAGUGAGUGCGUGUGCGCGUGUGUGUAUAUACAUAAAGAGCUGUGAAUUAUGGUACCAUAUUGAUAGGUUUUUAUAUUGAAUUAUCUGUGCUUCAAGAUUUAAAAAAAAGCAAACAAAUUACCUGUUUGAGUUACUGCAUUGGAAAAAAAUGGGACUAUCACGUCUAAAUUUUGUUCUAAUAAUUAUGGGAGCAUAGUCUAUUCAGCACAAGCUUUUCUGUGUCAACAGAAAACAAAAUGACACAAAAGACAGGAACAUAAUGAUUGUAGACACAAUGCAUUUAACUGUGGAAUGACUGCCUGCCUUUGUAAAGAUAAUUUAUUUAAAGAGUUUUUUUUUCCAAAGAUGGUAUAUUCACAGGUAUAUAUUUAUCAACAUGUGAAUAUGCAGGAGAUGGCAUCAGGAUGUAGUUCAAGACUUCAGGUCAGCAUUUAUCGCGAUGCUGGUGUGAAGAAUGUCAGUGAUUUUGUGGUCACCAGGUCUAUUUGCUUUCAGGUUUCCUUAUUCUUUUUUUUUAAAACACACACACUCCUUUAAAAAAAUAUAUACAACACCGGUCAACAGUUCCUUGCAACAUUUAGCCGAACAGUUUUAGGAAAUCCUGCGGCAAAAAGCAUGCUCACCAGGUUUAGAUGAAUGGGAACUUGUCACAACGUGAAUGAGUGGAGACCCACAAUGGAAGUAUUUUGGAGUAUUUAGGACUAAAAUGGGAUUAGGCCAGUUGAAUUGGUACUGUCCAACGAUGCCAACACGUGCUUUUAUUUACAAUUAAACUCAAUUGUAGAAAGGAUCAUUUGCUUUAUAAUUUUCUCGUUGUGAGACAAUAGUAGGGAUGUGUGGCGAACUGGUUAUUUAAUACAAAGGAAAUUAAUUUCUAAAACGUUUGUCCCAGUCAUGAGAUUACAAGGCAGAAACAAAAUUCUGCCGCACUUAAAAUCCCCUGCUGACUUUUCACAGUAAUAUUCAAUAAUUAACCCUUUCUAGUCCAUGUAGAAAUCUCAGCUAGGUUCCCAGUGAACAUUUCCAGGCCAUUUGUUAGUUGUGUAUGUGCCAGCUGUACUGUUUCAGUUCUGUGGGGAAAGAUGAUACCAAAUUAAAACUACGAUCAUAUCACAAGAAUUUAUUAUAAGAGUACUGUGAGUUAAGAAACAGCAAUGACUUUUGUAUGUUUCUAUAAUUCUAUUUUGUAAUAGUGUUUGGAAAUUUACUUUUUGGAGAAAAAGAAAAGUGUAUUUUUUAGCAUCGGAAGAAAGUGCAUGCUUAGAAAAACUAAGGGAGAUUAUUCAGUACACGCAGAUCUGGUCCCGAAGUAGGUUUGUAAAUGACGCUUGCUUGAAGAGGCUGGUAACUGAACCAGUGUGGUUCGUGUCCUUGACUGGGUGAAAACAGCAGUGUGUGGUUUGAUGGAUUGAAAGAAACUGCCAGCUAGAAUCCAUCAGCAAACAAACAAGGGACUUAUUGGUGCCUCCAUAUCCUGACCUCUUGGUUCUCUCUGAGACGCAGUGUACUCUCACAAGGGGUCUUGCCUGUUUUUUGAUAUACGUGCGCGUGUGUGUAUAUGUGUGUGUGUGUGCGUGCGUGUUUCAACUUUGGUACUUGUGUGUGUAACAGCUGUGGUUCCCCCAUGUUACUUGACAGGUGAGCUCGCUGUCGUGUAACAAAACCAGCUUACCCUGUGUCAUCUCUAUGACUUUUAAGUUUGAAUUUCUGUACGUUGAAAUAAUCUGCAGUGGCACAGUUACUCGAUGUUCAAUUUUGGGGAUUUGAGGAGAAAAUGCCAUGGUUUUAAAGUAUUUGUCUCUACACACUUAAACGUGUACAAAGAAAAAAAUAUAUUGUGAUCACUGUUCAUUGUAAGAAAUUAUUGAAACCCAAAUAAGAUGUUACUGAGGCUGUGAGUUCUUUGCUAAGCUGGAAGUUAUCAGUGACUUUUUUUCAGAUGUAAUUUUAAUUCAGUGCUGCCAAAGCGUACAUUUAAUUCAGUGCCUUAAUAGCGUACUAUAGAAAGUUACAAUUCAUCUGCAGAUCUGCAUAUUUUAAUUGGAUAAUACCGUGCUUUGAGAACAAUGCUUUAUCUCAUGAUUGUUCCUGACACACACGUGUUGCAAACAAUGAAUCUGAACACACUUUGUGAAAAGUAUUUUGAGGAAUAUUCUUUUUGGCAAAGUGUGUUAAAUUGUACACCAACCAGUGAUGAAACCAAUCACUUCCAAUUUGGUCAAACAAGGAUCCUGUUUCGGAGUUUGGAUUGGAAUGAGCAUAGAACGCAAGAGUAGCAAGCCUUUUAAACACCUGCCUUUAACAACUAAUGACCAAAUAACAAUCUCCAUAUAAUCUCCUGCACUCCAGCACGUAAGUGCCUUUGUUUUUUGAUAUUCCAGCCUAGAAAAGAUCUGUUCAGUCAAAUGAAAUGUAAAUUGUAUGCAGAUCGGAAACCAAAUAAAACAAAAUAAAAGU